AUGCAAACGUCAGACAUAAAGAAUACAAAAUUCCGUAUAACGGACUACGAGUACAAAAGAAACGUGAAUUUAAGUAUCCAAUGGAAUCUUUGGUUAUUAAAAUCCAUAGGCCUUUGGCCAUAUUCAAAUUCCAUUUCAAGAAUCCGACGAUACUUCUACUGGUUCAUAAAUAUCGCUUGUUACAGUCUGAUCAGUUUUCUCUUUAUCCCCUGCGUCUUAUACAUUGUCCUUGAUAUAGAAGAUACUUAUGGUAAACUGAAACAAUUCGGCCCUCUGAUUUUCUGCGCGAUGGCGUUCGCGAAAUAUUAUUCUUUGAUCGUCCACAAAGCUGACAUUCGUGAAUGCUUGGAACGAAUCAAAUGGGAUUGGAAGAACAUGACAAACAGAGAGGAUCGCGAAAUCAUGACAGUGAACGCGAGUUUCGGACGAAAAUUGGUAGUCGUCUGCACCUUGUUCAUGUACAGUGGCUUCGUAUUUUAUUAUAUCGCUAUACCUAUUAGCGUGGGCAAAAUAGCAGCAGAAAAUGAAAGUCUCACCUUCAUUCCACUGGUGUUCCCAUUUUCAAGGUUUAUCGUUGACACGCGUUAUAGUCCUACGAAUGAGAUCGUUUUUUCCAUUCAAUUGGUGGCUGGUUGCCUGAUGCAUGGUAUAACAUCAGCGGCUUGCAGUUUAGCGGCUGCUUUCGCGGUUCACGCUUGCGGUCAGAUGCAGGUGUUGAUGAAUUGGCUGAAGCAUCUUGUAGACGGUCGAUCGGAUAUGAGUGAACGUGUAGAUGGUAGAAUCGCUGACAUCGUGUGCCAACAUGUCCGAAUCCUAAAAUUUUUGACGCUCAUAGAAAAUACAAUUCAGCAAAUUUCUUUCGCCGAGUUUUUAGGAUGUACGCUAGAUAUAUGUCUCGUUGGAUAUUACGUAAUCAUGGAACUGAAAUCGAAUGACGUCACGAGCGCCCUAACUUAUAUGAUUUUACUUAUAUCGAUUACAUUCAAUAUUUUCAUAUUUUGUUAUAUAGGCGAGAUCGUGACUGAGGAGUGUAGGAAAAUUGGCGAAACAUCAUACAUGAUCGAGUGGUAUCGAUUGCAAGGGAACAAGAAGCUUUGUUGCGUUUUGAUUAUUGCUAUGUCGAAUUGUACGAUAAAAUUGACGGCUGGGAACAUCGUAAACCUAACUAUCAACACGUUCGCUGAUGUUGUUAAAACGGCAGUCACUUUUUUAAACGUACAAAGCAGAGUAAUCAUGUCGUCUACCAAAAUCGACCAAGAUUACAAGAAGGGCGUAAAUUUAAGCAUUCGAAGCAGUCGUUGGAUAUUAAAACUGAUCGGCGUGUGGCCAAAUUCUCGGAACGUUUCGUCGGUAAAAAAGUAUUUUCACGUCCUAUUAAACGCCAUUUAUUAUGCUUUGAUCAUGUUUCUCUUGUUACCUGGAAGCUUGUACGUAAUUCUCGAAGUGGAAGACGUUUAUGACAGAAUUAAACUAUUCGGUCCAUUGAGCUUCUGCGUGAUGGCGCUUUUAAAGUAUUAUCUUCUGAUACUUCACGAAGAAGACAUUCGCGAGUGCGUUGAACGUAUCGAAUGGGAUUGGCAAAAUAUCACGUACCCUAAAGACAGAGAACUCAUGAUGACGAAUGCUAACUUUGGAAGAAAACUAGUCAUCGCGUGCACCUUUUUCAUGUACAGCGGCUUUAUCUUUUUUUACAUUGCUGUACCGAUGAGCGUUGAAAGAAUACCAGUAGAGGGGACCAAUGCAACCUUCAUCCCCAUGGUGUUCCCCUUCUCGAGAUUUAUUAUCGACACUCGCUACAGUCCUACGAAUGAGAUAGUGUUUUCUAUACAAUUUUUGGCUGGCGCCCUGAUGCAUGGUAUAACUUCAGCCGCUUGCAGUUUGGCUGCGAUAUUUGCUGUACACGCCUGCGGCCAAAUGCAGGUGUUGAUGACUUGGCUAAACCAUUUGAUAGAUGGUAGAUUAGACAUGCAUGAUUGCGUCGAUCAGCGAAUCGCCAAGAUCGUGAGUCAACACGUUCGAAUAUUGAAAUUUUUAUCCCUUAUAGAGAGAGCGCUUCAACAAGUAUCGUACGUGGAAUUUUUAGGAUGUACAUUAGAUAUAUGUCUUCUUGGAUAUUAUAUCAUCAUGGAAUGGAAUUCGAAUCAUCUAACAGACGUCAUGACUUACAGUGUGUUACUUGUAUCCCUUACAUUUAAUAUUUUUAUAUUUUGUUACAUAGGAGAGCUCGUGGCUGAUAAGUCUAGGAAAGUAGGAGAAAUGACGUACAUGAUUGAAUGGUAUCGAUUAUAUGGAAAGAAAAAACUAUGUUGCGUUUUGAUAAUCGCAAUGUCCGAUUCGUCGAGAAAAUUGACAGCAGGGAAUAUCGUGGAAUUAUCUAUGAGUACUUUUUCCGAUGUAGUUAAAACAUCGGUUACUUUCUUAAACGUGCUACGAACAUUAACUUGA